AUGGUGUCCAUUCCUUGUAUCAUCGUUCCAAUUCUGCUCUGGAUCUACAAAAACUUCCUAGAGCCAUACAUAUACCUUCUGAUUUCCCCUUUUGUUAGUCAUAUACGGCCUAUAAAAGCUGUACAAGAAUCCAAUGAUAAAAAUAAAGACAAAGUAGACUAUGAGGGUGCAGACAUAAAUGGAUUACUGACAAAAGAACCAACAGAAACCUCUGAUAAAAAGAAAGACUGA